AUGAUCACUGCAAUCUUCGACGAUCUACGCAGCAGUGGGGAGGAAGAAGGGAAUAGUUCUGGAUUUUCUAAUCAGGAAUCAAAGGGAGUUGGGUCUUCAAAUUAUGCUAGAAACGUGUUGCAGAGAGUUUCUCGUGAAGAGUUAGAGGCAACAUUGGAACCAUUAAUUCGAGGAGUGGUGCAAGAUGGAGUGCAGAGUGCAUUUCAAAAGAUCUUUGGCACAUCACCAAGAUCUACUUCUGAUGCACUUGAUACGUGUAGUACAACUACAUCCUUGCAGCUUCGUUUCCUGAAUAGGCUGCUUCCUACAUUUUUCACUGGAAAUAGGAUAGAAUCUGAGGACAAGAGCAGUAUAAAAGUAGGGUUAUUUGAUACUAAUUCCAAUAAGAUUGUGUCAUCUGGACCCUUGUCUUCACAGAAGAUAGUGAUUGUUCCUCUUGAUGGUGAUUUCCUUUUUGAUGAGAAUGAAGAUUGGCCUGAGAGUGAUUUUGAUGCCAAAGUUGUAUCUGCAAGAGAUGGCAAAAGGCCAUUGCUGACAGGGGAUCUGGUGUUGACUCUGAAAGAUGGAGUUGCUGAUUUAGGUAAUGUAGUUUUUACUGAUAAUUCAAGCUGGAGGAGGAGCAGGAAGUUUAGGUUAGGGACAAAAGUCCAAAAUGCCACUCCUGGAGUCAGAGUUAGAGAAGCAAGAAGCCAUGCGUUCAUUGUAAAAGACCAGCGAGGAGAGUUAUACAAAAAACACCAUCCUCCAUCAUUAAGUGAUGACAUAUGGAGGUUGGAAAAGAUAGCAAAAGAUGGGGUUUUGCAUGGCCAGUUGGCAUUACUCAAAAUAUAUACAGUGAAAGACUUCCUACAAGUGUAUAAUACCAAUGAGUCCUCACUAUAUGGGGUACUUGGUGGGCCGAAUAACAACAAUUGGAAGACGAUUAUCAAGCACGCAAAGGCGUGUGUUUUAGAUGAGAAGGUGUACAUGUACAGAUGUGUUGCAGAUGGGAUUGGGAUUUUGUUCAAUUCUGUUAUGGAGGUUGUGGGUGCUACCUUUGAUGGAGAAUAUCAGCUCUCCAUGAAUGAGCUUACUGAUUUCCAGAAGUCUAUGGUGGAAGCAUUGAAGCAACAAGUUUAUAAAGAUUUAGAGGGGAUGUUACCAAUGGAUGAUUUAUCAGUGAUUGAAACUAAUCUUCAUGUUGACCCUGUUACAACUUCUGGUUUAGAUCAACUGCAAAGAAUGGCAGAGUUGGAUCCGUUUUCUAAUUUUUCAGAAUAAAGAAUGGUAGAGUUGAGGUGAAGAAGCUUCUCCUACAUGCAUCGUUUUGAUCUUGAUGUUUAAAGUGUAUCAUAUAAUAAACAUUUUGGAUUUUUUAUUUUGAAUUUCCAUGGAUAAUAAUGUUUAAAGUGUAUCAUAUGAGAAACAUUUUGGCUCACAC